AUGAGAGAUUCGUUUUCAGAUUCACACACAUACAUCCAGGUGUCUACGAGUGAGCUUGGCCUCUUCAGCUCAUGCUGUAGAUAUCUACUCAGUUCAGUCAGUGCAUUCUAGAGAGCUACUCUUCUGAUACUAAGGUAGAUACCUACAUAUUGUUAUUAAUCAACACUCUAAAUGACUAACACUUAAUAACUAUGUUAUUCUUAACUAUUUCUGCAAAAUUCUGCAAUAUUGGAUCUACAUCUUCCCAAAGAAAUGUACUUGAAAAAUAACUUAGGAAAACCUGAAGUAUUUUUCAGCCAAAGGCAAUAAUCUAAUAUUGGUUGGCCAUGGCUUGAGGAUCUGCUUGAGAACACGAAUAUGAGGAGAAGAAAGGGAAGAAAGAAGAGACGUUGCAGGUUGCCUGGUGUUGACUCUGUAUUAAAAAGCCUUCCCUCUGAAGAAAAUGAUGAGAGUAGCGGAAACUCUAUAAGUAGUUCUUCUUCUGAUGACAGUGAUGAAGGAACAGAUGAAGAAAUAAAAAGUGAAGAAAGUGACAUAGAAGAGAGGACAGAAAUGAAAGAAGAACAAGACACUCACACAAAAAGGGACAUGGAAGAAAGAGCAAUAAGCAUAGAAAUUCCUGAAGUCUUGAAAAAGAAGCUUGAGGAAGACUGUUACUAUAUUAAUAGAAGAAAACGGCUAGUCAAGCUUCCUUGUCAGACAAAUAUAAUAACCAUCCUGGAGUCCUAUGUGAAACAUUUUGCUAUUAAUGCCGCUUUUUCAGCCAAUGAAAGAUCUCGGCACCAUCAGAUGACUCCACAUGCUAAUAUGAAUCUUCAUUAUGUGCCACCAGAGAAGAAUGUUGAGCUGUGUAAAGAGAUGGUGGACGGGCUGCGAAUAACCUUUGACUUCACUCUUCCAUUAAUUUUGCUCUAUCCUUAUGAACAAGCUCAAUUUAAGAAGGUGACUUCAUCAAAAUUCUUUCUUCCCAUCAAAGAAAACUCAUCAAAUACUAACAGAAAUCAGGAGGAGCUUUCCCCGAGUCCUCCUCUGUUGAAUCCACCAACGCCUCAGUCAACCGACAGCCAGCCUGCAACAGGGGAGCCAGCCACGCCAAAAAGGCGAAAAGCUGAACCUGAAAUUCUGCAGUCGCUGAGACGUUCUACACGCCACAGCUCGAACUGUGACAGGUUAUCAGAAAGCAGUGCUUCCCCACAACCUAAACGACGGCAUCUUGAGACCCCAGCUUCUAUGCCAAAGCUAUUCUUGCACCUGGAAAAAAAAACCCCUGUCCAUAGUGGAUCAUCUUCACCUAUAACUUUGACUCCUAGCAAAGAGGGGAGUGCGGUUUUUACUGGCUUUGAAGGUAGAAGAAACAAUGAAUUGAAUGAGGUUUUGUCCUGGAAACUGAUGCCAGAGAAUUAUCCACCAAGUGAUCAACCACCACCUCCCUCAUAUAUCUAUGGAUCUCAACAUUUGCUACGGAUGUUUGUAAAGCUACCAGAAAUACUGGGGAAGAUGUGCUUUCCUGACAAAAACCUAAAGGCUUUAGUAAAACACUUCGAAAUGUUUCUGAGGUUUUUAGCAGAAUACCAUGAUGAUUUCUUCCCAGAAUCUGCUUAUGUAGCUGCAUGUGAAGCCUACUACAGUACUAAAAAUCCUCGGGCGAUCUACUGAAGCUAUUAAUAAAGAUUAAAUUGUGCUAUAUGUAGCCCAUGACAAUGCUAUUUUGCCACGUGGCUACAAGGUGAAGAUGAAAAAAGAAUUAAAACCACUCCUGGAGUUGAAGAAAUAGAGAAAUACCCUCUGUGAUGGUUGGAUUACUUAGGAAUGGAGAACUUCUUUUUCUGAGAUGUAUAUAGACUGUGUUGUGGGUUGCUCAGAGGAUUAAAUAUAACUCUGACUCCAGAUGAAUGAAGAAGCCUUGUUCUGACUUCUAAUGCAUAGGACUGCGUAGGACUAUUAAAGAGGAAGGGAGGCAAAAGCAGAUGCAUUAGCAACAGGACAUUUUCAUGAAGAUAAAUCAUCAUACUGUGUUUCAUUUUAGCUGGACCUCUCCAGCUUGAGAAAUAAGACUUGACUACACAGUUACAUGAAGAGAAUGCAUAACUGGUACCUUAUGGAUUUUUUCCUCAUAAAUUGCACUUAAUUUUGUGGAACUGUUGUGAUAGAAAAGAUUGCUUAAUGUAAAGGUGUUUUUGCUGUUUGGCUAACAUGACAACUGCCUCAAGAAUGACUUUGUUGCUUGAAUGAAAGAUAUGUUGCUUACUAUGCAUUUUGCAAAGAUACAGCUCUUUUCAUGGUAAUGCUGCCAAAGUUCCAAGGAGAGCAUACAUUGCCAGUGAUUCAACAUUUACCUGGCAAUAAAAGAUUUCCAGAGCCAUUAUGAAAGAACUGAUUUUCUACAAAUAACCGGAGAAGUCAAUAAAGUGAUGGCAGUUUAACUGGCAAACACUUCUUUUCUUAAUAAAGUUCAUAGUGACUGCUGUGUAAA